AUGGUCUCUCGUGCUAAGCUCUACACGUACCCUGCCAACUACCGCGUCUUCAAGGUGCUCAUUGCCGCCGAGUACAACGGCAUUGACCUGGAGCUCCCGGCGUUUGAUUUCCAGAAGGAGAUCAAGUCAGCAAGUUUCAAGGCCAAAACGCCCACUGGCAAGGUCCCGAUCCUCGAGACGGAUGAAGGGUGUAUCUUUGAGAGCGGCGCCAUUGCCCGCUACAUUGCUCGCUUGCGUCCAGACACGGGUCUGUAUGGCAAGACGUUCUUCGAGUCGGGUCAGGUGGACUCGUGGAUUGACUUUUCCGCCUACGAGCUCGAGGUACCUCUGGAAGUGUGGGUGCACCCUGUCUUGGGCGUUGGUCAGUUCAAUGCUGCUGCCCUGACGAGGGCCAAGGCCGACGUGAAGAAGGCUCUUCAGACUCUGGAGAACCACUUGCACCUGCGCACGUACUUGGUGGGCGAGCAGGUGACGCUCGCCGACAUUGUUGUUGCUUCGGCUCUUGUGUACCCGUUUAAGUUUGUGCUUGACAAGGAGUUCCGCAAACCGUUCUCGGCUGUGAACCGUUGGUUCUCAACGCUGGUGAACCAGCCUGAGUUCCAGGCUAUUGUUGGUGACGUGCCACUUAUUGACGUUGCGCUGACCGCGGAGGGUGACAACUCGGGCAAGAAGGAGAAGAAGGAGACGCCAAAGAAAGAGAAGGCCGCCCCGAAGGAAGAGGAGCCAAAGCCCAAGAAGGUGGAGCACCCGCUGGCUGUGCUGAACCGCGAGAAGCCGUCGUCGAUGAGCUUGGACGCGUGGAAGGUGCAGUACUCGAACGCAAAGGAUUUGGCGGAUGCCAUGACGUGGUUCUGGGAGAACCUAGACACGGAGGGAUACUCGCUGUGGUUUUGCGACUACAACUACAACAACGAGAACACAAAGAUGUUUAUGACGUGCAACGCCGUGGGCGGUUUCCUGCAGCGCUCGGAAGCUAUGCGCAAGUACGCUUUUGGCGUGAUGGAUGUGUGCGGUGUCGAGGGCUCCGAGAUCAUCAUUACUGGCUGCUGGCUCUUCCGUGGCGACUCGGAGAAGCACAUGAUCGAAGCGAACCCGGACGCCGAGUACUACACGUGGAAGAAGGCGGAGCUGAACGACGAGACAAAGGCCCGUAUUACCGCCUACUGGUGCAACGAAGACGAGCUGGAGGGCAAACCCAUUGCCGACUCGAAGGUGUUCAAGUAA